AUCGGCUGGGCUUUCGGUAGGUAUGUGACUAAACAUACCUAGGUAAUUAUCCGUUUUGUCCACGUCAUGCAUUCAAGUGGGGAUGCAUCUUGUAGGCAGGCUACAUCGGCUGCAAAGCCUUACCAUACAUGGGCGCAAAAAGACCGUCUUAUGGAGAAUAUUAACUCUGGGGGUCAGAUAUCAUCCAAAUCAUAGGACGGCAGUGUUAUGGCCUCUCCUGCAUCUAAGCACUUACAACCACAAUUAUAUUCUACCUCUAACUCUACAGUCAGAGGCUAAUGGGAUCAAGAAAUAAUGGAUUGGUUACGAGAAUCACCUCAUAUGACCACCACUGAUGCUAGCAUUUUCAAGUUUCAGCACGGAGUCAGUACCAUCUUUGAAAUAACUCGUGGUCAAAAUAGAAGUUGUUGGCAGACUCAAGCUACCAAUUUAUCAUCUGACUCCGAAUGGGUUUCUUGGCUGGAGAAUAGAGAUUCAAGUUCACAUUCCUUGGCCGAUGGAAUUUGUUUAGUACUGGCCGGAAGGGCUGAACGAGAAUGCCCUGAUCCCACGUUGCUUUCGAGACUACCAUUUUCUGAAGAGAUAUUCGGCAAAAUUUCCAAGGAAUUGUUCAUACACAGUUCUUUUUUACGAGUAAUCAAUCGGAACACUGCAGCACAUUGUUCACGCCAGCUCAACGCAUGGGGUCUAAGCGCUCCAGCGGCCAUUGUUUAUAAUUGUCGAUCGUCAGCAUCCUGGCCCGAUGACAUCGCCCUCUCAACUACCUACAUCACUAAGCGAAGAUUCACUUACGCUAUCAUGUACGGCUGUCGAAGUGAUCUGGCAACUAUUGUCAUGUCGCGCCUCUCCAAUUGUGACCUCACUACUUUUCAUCCCUUGAGUUUACCUAUGUUUCUUGCUGAUAUUGAGCGCAAUCGCCAAGUGGACAUGGUAGAAAAAUACGUUAGUAAGUUGCUGCAACGAGUAUUGAAUAUGAGUAUCUUGUCAAGGAACUUCAUGUCAGAGGAUCGAUCUGAGUAUCUAGGAUUGAACACAACCAAUACGAAUGGCUCUAGUCUUACAGAGGAUCAUGAGUCUAUAUUGGACUGGUUGGAAAUGAAUCAUAUCCGUGACGGACUCAAAAACUAGCAGACUCAACUCGAGACGUUUGUACAACAUCUCACUGAGCUAGAGCAGGUCCUAUACAAAGGAGUAGGAGCUCAAACAGGUGAAAUAUCACAUAGCAUGAGAAGCCAAGGCGCUCGGAUUAAAGAUCGUCUAUUGCAAAUCAUCAACGAAUGGGAUGAAAAGAUCAGAAAAUGUUCCAGUCAUUGAUGGAAUGACUUUUGCGACGCAAACGGUAAGCCAACCCUUAUCAAAUUAGCUAAGAAUGAGAUGAUUCAAUGUGGGAUAGGAGUGGAAUCAUAUCGCGAGAGCGGAUACGCAAACGACCUUACGACUCUCAAGUUUAACCACGGAACUUUCCAG